CAAAGCGCUCAGCGCCAAUCAUCCCGAGUCCCUGAGAUAGUCACCUGUUUGACUUGUCUUCUCAAGGGGUUUACUAACUUAUAAAUCACAAGAUUGCCGAUUGAUAGCGCGUCUCCAUGCUACUGCGCGCCGCACAAACAAAUGAUAUACAUGCGUAUCUGCAACGUGCACCGGCGCCAGACGCUUUAAAUACACACCAUUCACUCAUCCCCUUCAUCCCCAGCCCUCGUCAUGUCUGAUAUCAGUCUCAUACGACAUCCUCAAGGACUCUCAAAGGCUGGAAGUUCCCAAGAAGCGCAUCCCCACUCAAUGGCGACCUCCCUCAUCCCUUUCCCGCGUGUGAUCUUCCACGUUAUGUGCUUUUGCUUAACGUUUCACUCGAAUCUGGAUUUCAUGUGGGAGAUCUUCCGAGAGCCUAAUGGUUGGGAAAACUUUCACACUCUAUACCUCACUCAAAUUAAUCAGUUGAGUACCGUUGAUUGCUCCUUACGACCUGUCGCAGUCUUUAUCUCCACACCGCCCCCUCUGCAUCAGAUCAACUACGCUGCCGAUGGACCGUAUACACUCCUAUCGGAGUCAUUGGUGUUCUCGUUGUUCGGUCUUUUGCUUCAACUCUUCACCUCCGUCGUGGGGCAGAGUUAUCAAAAGCAGAAAACUUUCAAAGCUUUAAAGCGAAAUCGCUGGCUGUUCCUAUGCCAUAUCAUCGUUCUCUCAAUUCCGGUUUAUCUCUUCGGCAUAUCUCUGCUGCUACUCAUCUUCGCCAUUUCUGUGACAGGCUUCCUGUCCUCUUCGACUUCAGCUCAGAUUUUUACCGGAGCAACGUUCUCGGUGCUUUUUACGUGUCUGUUUGUUUCUAUCCUACCGUCGCCGUUCUUUUCGCGACUCCAUAAGAUAUUGCAUAAGAUGUUGCGGAGGACAACAGACUCUGUCGAUGAUGACGACGAUGACGACGACUAUGAGUUAGACAAGGAACGUAGUGAGAGGGAGACGGGGAGCCCUGUAUGAGGUUUAUUUCAAGAUGUCUUCUCUGAUAUACCCGCCCUAAUGUUCCGUAAGUUUUUUUCUACAAACUAAUGUAUCAUAUUUGAG